GAAUCAAGGAACAGCUUCAUAAAUACGUCAGAGAACUGGAGCAGGCCAACGAUGACCUGGAGAGAGCCAAGAGGGCGACCAUCGUAUCUCUGGAGGACUUUGAGGGUCGUCUGAACCARGCCAUAGAGAGGAAUGCCUUCCUGGAGAGUGAGCUGGAUGAGAAGGAGUCUCUACUGGAGUCAGUUCAGAGACUGAAGGAUGAAGCCAGAGAUCUGAGACAGGAGAUGGUGGUGAGGGAGAGGACUGCAGACAGGAUGUCAGCCCCCAGCUCUCCUACCCUGGACAUGGACAAGAUGGACUCUGCUGUCCAGGCCUCCCUGUCCCUGCCUGUCACCCCUGUAGGGAAGGGCAUGGAGCACCCGUUCAUCAACCCUAAAUCAUCAGUGUUAACAAAUGGCUGUGGGCCUGGCGGCUCACCCUUGACCCCAUCAGCAAGAAUCUCUGCUCUUAAUAUCGUUGGGGACCUUCUUAGAAAAGUGGGGGCGCUGGAGUCCAAGCUAGCUGCAUGUAGGAACUUUGCCAAGGACCAGGCGGUGAGGAAAACCUACUCCACGUCGUCCAGCAACAUGAUCACUGGGAACGGAAACCUCCUCAACAGCAACUCCACCAAGUUCUCCCACUCACUACACACCACCUACUACGACAAAACGGCUGUGAAUGGACUGGACCCCAGCACCCUGACUGCCCUGGCGUCGCCCCGGACUGUCUCCCCUCCUGGAAUGCUGCCUCUCACCGUUUAGCAUGGCCCCAACCUCUGUACAAGCUCCCCGCAGAACAAGGGUACCCCUCAUCCUUCACCCCAACCUCACCCCCUCCGUCACCCCAAACCCCCACCCCAAAUCUCUGUACAACUCCUGUACACCCCGCAGAACACUGAGAGGAGAGAACACUUGAAGAACCGUUACUGUGUGUGUGUGUGUGUGUGUGUGUGUGUAGGAGAGACACUUGACUGAAUGAUUGAAAAGGCCUCACUCACCUAUGAGUGGGGUUGGAUGCUGAGUGUGUUUGUGUAUUUAACAUACAGGCACAUGCCUCUGCCUGAGCUGUUCUUUGCUCAUGUGGAUGAUGUGUUGGUGACCUCUGUGCUCUGGAGUGUCUCCAUUUUGGCUCCAUCAGUUUAUCAGUUUCACUCUAUAACAKCUAUAUAACAGCAACUGUACCUGACAAAGGUCCCCAACGGACUGCAGCUUCCUUCCUCUUAACCUUUUAUUUUCUUCUCUGAAUGAAUUGCACAAUUACAAAUAAUGUAUAUUUACAGUGUUGUAUUUAAAAAUGAAAAGGGACUUUUUGCAAAGUUAGAUGAUUUCAUCAUUACUGUAUGUAUGCUUUAAGAUGCAAUAUCUCCUGUUUGUUUGUGUUUAUGUUAUGGGGUCAGAUGGAGUUGAUGACCCUUAACCCCCAUGUCCAGAAGAAUGACUGAAUUCACUUUUAUUGUGUUCAGGCUGUGAUCAGAACCAUGUUCUCUUAUUGGGCUGCAUCUCAAUAGCACAGUUAAUAGCCUCAUCUCCUCAUCUCAAUAAUCCAGUUAGUCUUGGAGAGAAUGAGAAAACAGGACCGGUAAAAGCAAUAUGGAUGAUCAAUCUCUACCAGAAAUGAGCUUUCACCUGUAAUUUCCUUCCCAUCAGUGCAGAGGAGGGAAAGGAGAGAAGRCGAGGAAACCACUUUAUACUAUUGAGAUGCACCCCCAAAGUCCCUAUUGUCCUGAGUGUGGGCUGACCAGACAGAACAGGCCGGUCAGCUGGUGGACCAUCUGUAGUCUGGUAGGGAGGGAGGGACCUCCCUGUUAAAUAGCCUGGAAACAUCGGCUGCUGUCUCUUCAUUAAUGAAGUGAGGUCCGCUUCACCACAGACUGUACCGUGCUAAUGGCACCCUAUCCACUAUCAGUGCACUCAUUUUGACCAGGGACCAUGGUGCUCUGGUCUAAGGUAAUGCACUACAUAGGAAUAGAGUGUCAUUUUGGACUCAGUCCUUCUUUAUAUAAGCCUGGAUGGAUGGCCGGUGAUGUUCAGGGAAAGACUAAGUCCUUACUACUAUUAUAUAAGCCUUGGAUGGAUGACCGUGUAUUACAUGAGGUUGGUACCGUGUUUAUAUUAAAUUAAUCCUCUUUCCCUGAUCGUAACUAGUAUCAGACAAAACUGUUGCUGUAUAGAACAAACAAGUCAAACCCUGAGCACAGCAGUGUGUCAGACAAAACUUAUUCACAUUAGAGUAUAUAUAUAUCUGUACUGUGCACCUGUUGGUGGUUGAAUCUCAUCCAGCUAACACCCUGUCUACCAUAACCUGCAGCAACAAUAACCCAGCAGUCCAACCAUCUAACAGGUAGGGUGAAGUUUCCUUAGAUGCUGACCCUGGGUCAGUUUUUUCCUUUAACCCACUAAUGGUUAAGUUUAGGAUUGGGGAGGGAAGCUGAUCCUAGAUCUGUACUUGGGGAAACCUCACCCUAGAGCUACCUAACAGUGGUCACGCUCAUCCCCUUUUCUAGACUAGAUCCUAGCCUGGUUAAACCAGACUUAAUUUUGUUUCACCAUGAGGGGAGUGCUCAGUCUAGUUUUAAUCGGGCUAAAAAUGCUCAUCUUUGACUAAUAUGCAAAUUGUUAUUGGUGACCAUUUUGUCACGUUGGCUCCUGUCCUGUCGAUGAAACGUUUGUAAUAGAGAACCUCAUCUCAGAAUGACAUGCCACUUCCUGGUUUCUGUCGUUGAUAUUCACUUGUGAUGUAUUUUCCAUCCCCCAUUCUGUCUUAUCUCCAUCUGGGGUUAAUAGUGCUCCCUCCUAUCACAGCCUUAAAUGAAAAGCCUUAAGGACAGUUUCCCAGACACAGAUUAAAGCUGCAAUAAAWAGCUUUUUGGGUGCCCUGACCAAAUUUACAUAGAAAUGUUAUAGAUCUGUUAUUUUCAUUGAAAGCAAGUCUAAGAAGAUGGUAGAUCUGUUAUUUUUCUAUGCUUCCGCAUUUAUAGUUUUGUUUUUUGGUUCUUUUACUUUGGAUUUUGUACACCAGCUUCAA